AUGGCUUCAAGACUUGUAUCCUUACUUACCAAAUUGAUAUCUGAGGAGCAAGGGGCUUUCCAAAAGGAUAAAGUUAUUUUCUCAAAUAUUUCCCUUGCAUCUGAAUUGGCCAAUGUAAUUCCUAUUAAGUCUCGUGGUGGGUCUAUGGGAAUUAAAAUUGAUAUACAAAAGGCUUAUGAUUCCCUGGAAUGGGAAUUUCUUUCUGAUGUAUUGGAAAAGUUUGGUUUUUGUGAUAAGUGGAUUCAGACAAAUUUACUUUCGGCCAAUAUUUCUGUGCUUGUGAAUGGUGGUCCAUAUGGGUUUUCAAAGCUGAAAGAGGGCUUUGCCAAGAUAUCAGACAUGUAA